CUCUGUGGGCCUCUUGUGGUUGACAAUCGAAGCUGAUCGAAGUAAAACAUUUUGCAAAAUAUCGUCACCAGUAUAGCGUAAAUAAGCCCCGAGACUGAGACCUACCCCCACCAACGUUUUCAAACCAGUGUAAAAAGCUAUAUCGAUAUAUAUAUUCAACGUUCAACGUACAUUCUAAAGUGAAUCCCAUCGAUUUCGGGCAUUCAUUUCGUAAUCGUUUGAGCAUUUAUGUCCUGUAUCCAUUGAGAAAAAUCAUAAGUGAUAACAUUCGAACAACGGAAAGACUUCAUCCGUUUUUCAUCCACGUGACUACGAUAAGAUUGUGGGUUUUUGAACCGCCUACUUUUCUUUUGUCUCGCGCGGCUCUCUCGAAGAAGAAGAGAAUGCGGCUCGAAAUCGUUACAAACUUCUAGCGCUAUCGAUUGACCGUCCGAUUGGUUAAGCCAGUAUUCCAUGCAAGUAUGGCUGCCCUGCCGUCACCCACGCAGGUGGCUGGAAGCCAUAUUGCUAUUUAUGAAGCCUACUACAACCAGGUCGAUCCUCAAGGCUAUGGUCAGGUGGGAGCAUUGGCGGCAGCCCGAUUCCUUAAAAAAUCCCAGCUGAGUGAUAUUGUACUCAGUAGAAUAUGGGAUAUGUCAGACCCACAGUCUCGUGGUUUCCUGGACAAGUCUGGGAUGUUUGUAGCACUUAAACUGUGUGCCUUUGCACAGGCAGGACGUGAACUGAAUAUUGCUAAUCUCAGUCAAGACACACCACCACCAAAAAUGGGUGAAUUGCCGAAAAUAGUACCGAAACCACCGGUUGCUGGUCCACCUGUCAUAACUUCUGUCAGUAGCGGUGAUUGGUCUAUAAAACCGAACGAAAGAGCCAAAUACGAUCAGCUAUUUGACAGUCUCCAACCGUCAAACGGUUACAUUCCCGGAAAUAAGGUUAAAGGUGUACUUAUGGACAGCAAAUUACCUGUCGAUACACUUGGCAAAAUUUGGGAUCUCGCCGACAUGGACAAGGAUGGAAUGCUUGAUAGACACGAAUUUGUUGUUGCCAUGCACUUGGUGUACAAAGCACUGGAAAAAUAUGCGAUACCGAGUGUUUUACCUCCGGAAUUGAUGCCACCGGGAAAAAGAAAACCAGCGCCACCGAUCAUGGAACAAACCGCAGGAGUUCAAAUUCUCCCAAUGGCAACUCCUCCACCGCCUAUUCCACCGUUACCGAACGCGACACUUGCUACCAGUAAUCUUGUUGGGCUUGAGCCAGUAAAGACAACCCCUAUCGCUCCUAAGUGGGUUGUUACCCUAGAAGAUCAGGCAGCAGCUGAUAAACUAUUCCUUCAAGCUGAUAUGGAUAUGGAUGGUUUUGUUUCCGGUUCUGAGAUUAAAGACGUAUUCUUACAAAGCCGACUGCCACAGAGUGUUCUCGCCAAUAUAUGGAGCUUGUGCGACAUAUGUCAGAGCGGAAAAUUAAACAAGGAACAGUUCGCACUAUCGAUGUGGCUGAUAAAACAAACAAUGAAGGGGAUUGAUCCACCAACAAGUCUUACACCGGAAAUGGUCCCACCAUCUCUCAGAAAAAUUUCAGACACUGUUGUGGAAAAUAAUAACAUAACUGGUUAUUCGAAUCCUGAGCUCGACAUGAUCAGCAAGGACAUUGCGGAAUUGGCGCGUGAAAGACGAGCUAUGGAGCAGGACAUAGCCCAAAAAGAAGCAGAUAUUAAAAUAAAGAGCGGAGAAAUUAAGAGUCUCCAGAGUGAGCUCGAUACCCUAGCUGCCACGCUCAAACAGCUGGAAAAUCAACGUGGUGAAGCGCAGAAAAGACUCAACGAUCUGAAAGCUCAGCGAGCCGAUGUAGAUAGAGAAUUGACUGAAAUCGAGAAGGAAACCCGCGGAGAACAGGACAAGGUGGACAAAUUGCGGCAACAAGCUGAAGAGCAGGAAUCAGUUUUACGCACUCAAGAAGACGAACUUAAUUCCAAGAGGCAAGAAUUGGAAGGCUUACGUCAGGAAGAACAACAGCUUGAGAAACAACAAAAUCAGAGCAGAGAACAACUAAAUGAGCUCACGAAAAAUCUGCAAAAUACUCAACUUCAAAUAAGUCAAGCUAAAGUAAAAAUAACGCAUCUCGAGGAACAGCAACGACAAAUGAGUGAUGCGAUCGCUAUUUACGACUCGGCACUUGCUGCUGGUGAUCCAAGUCUCGUCCCAGAUACCAGCCUGAACUUUAAUCCUGAAAUAGAGGACAUUGGCCAGGAGGAACAAAAUUCAAAAACGAACAACAGUGUCGGGGAUGCCGGAGACGGAUUCUCAAAUGGUACAAUUGCAAAUUCAGGUUUUUCUAUGCAAGACGGCGACCCUUUCGCAUCAAGCAAAGCGAAAGAAGCUUUUGGCACGUCGAACGAUACAGAUCCAUUCGCAAGUGCAUUUGAUGCAAAGCCAUCGAACAUUAAUUCCGCGACAAUUCCUGGCGGUUUCUCGAGUGAUCCCUUCGCAUCGACUAAUAAGCAAGAUCCAUUCGAUCCGUUCAGUGAUGGCAAGAUAAAACAGGAAAAAUCAGCCUUAGAGGAUGCACCGGCGAUGAAAGAUCCGUUCGGCGAGGAUCCAUUCGCAAAUCUUCAUGCCCCGACUCGUGCCGAAAGUCCGAGUCCGGCACUGCCGCCGAAAAAAGCAAAACAGCCACCACCGCGACCCGCACCGCCAAGACCAGCUAGCGCACCCGGAGGUCCUGGUGGGCCUUUGCGAGCGGCACCAGCGCCACCAACCCCUUCACCGACACCGGAUCCGUUUGGAAAUGCGAAUUCCGAUCCAUUCGCCGCUCAGAUGCCAUCCAUGGAUAGUGCUAACGGAAAUACCUUUAUGACUGGAAGCACAACGGGCUUUGCUGAUUUUGCCAAUUUCGAUUCCAAGCCGGAACUUUUACCAUGCCGUUCGUCGUCGGUCCCGCCGAGGCCGGUAACAGGCAGGCCCAGAGUCGCAACGUCAUCGAUACCCACGCCAACGUCCAAACUGCCGGAUUUUACGGAGGAUCCAUUUCGGGACUAUCGGUACGAAGAUCCCUUCAACAUCGCCGACCCAUUCGCCGAAGACGCUUUCGCAACGGACGAUACGAUCAAUGCAAAUAUGAAAAGCAACGCUCCACGACAGCUCGAUCCGUUUGGAAUGGAAACUCCAAACAGCCGUAGAGAAAGCAACGAUUCGUUCACACGCGGUGGAUUUGAAUCCGACUUUACGUCGAGUACGGUGCCGCGUAAUCACAAAGUAAACGAGGUGGCAAAUGCUUACGGGGAUGCGAAUAGCAACGUUAAAUAUGAACGAGACUUUUCCGACGUGUUUGCCACCAAAAAAUCAACGAAAACGAUUAACAUCGACGAGGCGUUCUCCGUGAAAACGGAAAAAACGAGCAAGAAAACGGGCCUCGAUGUUAGUGAAGAUUUCAAAAACAAAUUGAGUUUGGGCGAGAAGAAAAAUCAAACUAAUGCUUGGAAGAACAGCGGGGGCGGCGGCGGAAGUUACGCCAUGUCAAAAAUCGAGGAGCGACAACUCGCUUGGGCGUCGAAGCAGAGCUUGAAGGCUGAAGAUGAACGUCGCAAAUUAAAAGAACAGGAAGAAGCUGAUUUUGCGUUCGCGCUAGAACUCAGCAAGCAAGAUAAGAAUGGCAAGUUUUGAUAGCAAAGUCAAGAAAAAUGAAGGACAAGUCUCAAGGAUUUAAAAAGUCUCACUAAAGUCAUUUUGAAUCAGCGGGGAUCAAUAUUUGUUUUAGUAACCGCUCGCAUUUUUCAAUAUAUUUGGUAAAAAUCACUGUGAAAUUAGGCGAUUGCGGAAUCGAUCAUCGGCAUACCCAAGUACAUGAUUUUCUAAGCGUUCUCCCUACUCUAAUUCGUUGGAUCAGUUGACUGGUCGAUUGAUAAAUUUUCCACUUUAAAUGACUAGUCAGUAAGUAUUUACGAAUUAAUCAUAAUUUUUAGUACCGCUAGGAGUUAUUUAGUUAAUUGGUUAAUAGGUAAAUUCAUCGAGUCAUUCGAAUGUUAAUUUAUUAGUCGACCGGUCGGUCCGAUGUUGAUCGGCCAUACGGAAUCUUCAACAAGUUACCUGACUGAUAUUUGUCCUUAGUUAACUACCGAUUCUACCGUUGGGUAGCGUAGUUAACUACUUGACCAAUGUUCAAUAAAAUUGAUUCAUAAGGACUACGAAUUAGUUAAAAAUCAUCUAGUACUGAAAUAAUUGAACCUCUCAAGUCAACCGACUACUCAAUUCUUCAAUCCUCUAAUUAAAUUGAUUAUCUACGUUAAGAUAUUCAUUCGUUUAAUAUUGACACGUUGAGAGAUUGGCCGAUCAGUCAAUCACAAAAAGAUUUCUCAAUUCGUUGAGUAAAUUAAACUAUAAAAUAAUGAAGUCGAAAGAAUGAAAAUUUGGGAUCUUCGUACUUUUGUCAUGAGCGAAAUAGACAGAGAGAGGGAGAGAGAGAGGACAAGAGAGAGUGAGAAGCAGGAGGGGGGCGGGUGGAGGAGGCAGAGUAUUUUGUAGCUUGACAAGAACAAUAAUAUGAAUAAUAUUAAUAAUAAUAAUAAUAAUAGAUAAUAAUGGACGAGCAAAUGACAUAAGCAGUAAACAAGUCCCCUGAUUCAAAUGGCACAGAAAAAUUACGGAUAUCCAACCCUGUUAUGCCUUCCUAAAGCUAAACUCAACACUGCGACUACGCUCUUAUGUAAUAUUGAAGAGAACGAAUCACAAUACGAAGUUUGCCUUUCAAUCGAAAAAGUAGUUAAUGAGAUUGGAGCGGUAAUAAAGUAACUUACGGUAUCGAUGAAAAAAGGAGUAAGAACAGAGUAAAAAGUGAACCGAAGGAAAUGCAUAGGAAGUAUAGAUAUCCGUUAAGUAAAUAACUAUACAUAUAGAUAUUAUUAUAUAACAAUGAGUAUCGUUUAAGUUGUCAGUGUGUCGUGUACGAGUGAGGAAUGCGAGCGUCAUAUCACUGUGUAUUACAUGCGGUUUUGUCAUAAGAUUUGUUGCAGAAAAAAUGCACGUAACAAUUGAAAUCCGCUUGAUUCAAUAGAUGUGAGAUAAUUGUCAGAGACGCGAAGAAUCAUCUUCUGAGUUUUGUUAUUUGUUUUAUUCGUUUUCGAAGCCGUGCGUCAACCGGUCAACUUUUACGUUGCUUUGAAGUUGGUUCAGUCCCUCGGGGCAAUUUCAUCUUUGUUCGAUUGAGAAUAACAAUAAUAAUAACUCAUACACCAGACUUAUUAAUAUAAAUAUAUUUAAAAAACUUCGUUCAUUCCGAACGUUGUAUACAAUUUUUCCAAAGAGUAUUCAUAUUAAUCGCAACGACGAAACGCCCUAGUGCGAUAUGUAAUUUUUUUUCCUUUUUCUCCAAUUAUUAAUGACCAUUUAUUCAUAGUUUUUAUUUUAUUUCAAAACGUUCGAACGAAUUAUCGUUCAACGACAAUCUCCGUGUGCACGCAUCGCCAGAUGUAUAUAUCAUUCUACACAUCGAUAUUUCCGUAAUUAUGUUUAUCGUAAGGUUCAUUUUUUCCGUUGCUCAUGCGUCUUUUGUUUUCUUAUUAUACUUUGGAUACAGCAUGCAUAAUAUUUCCUCUAGUUCAUAUCGCGAUCAUCGACGAAGACAAACGUUUGCAAAUGUAAUCACGUUCGGUAUAAACAGAAAUGUGGUGAAGAAAAGACAACCUGUGCAUAAUGAAAACUGUGUAUGAAAAAAAACUGAAUUUGCAUCGGUAAUGGAAGGAUCGCGUGAAUUUUUUUUUCUCUCUCGAUAAGAAGAUUCGGUGACUAAUAUUUGACUCGUUGAUCGUUUAAGAGGCAUCGCGAAUACAAGUUUCUCUGAUUAAAAUGGAAAAACGUUGACCCGAUAGUAAAAUCUCGUCAAGUAGAGCGGUAGGUCGAAAGAAUUAUUAAUUUUUUAUUGCCUCCCCCGCGAAGAUAUUCGUAACUUUUUCAUGAUAAAUAACUCGCGCGUAUUUUUUAUCAAUUGUUUAUCGCAACGUCGCAACUUGAAUGUGUAAUAAAACUGUUGCUGUCAGUACAACAUUAAACGUUCAGAAACUUUCGUAUUGAGUAUGCUCACUUGAAUUUUAAAAAUAAUCCGUUACGAUGAAUAUACUUGGAAAAUAUAUCGUUGCAAGAACGUUUAUUUCUCCUCGUGGAUCAUCGACAGAGAUUAGAUUUUUUAAUUUAACAGACUUUGCAGUAUUUUUUUAUAGUAGUUCACGAAACAGGAUCUUUCUGCAGUUUCGCAUUUAUAUCGCCAAGUCGAAAGCAAAAAAAUUUUAAAAAAACGUUACCAAAAAUGUAUUAUUCAAACUAAGAGAAAAUAUCGAGAUUUCAAAGAUAUCAAUAAUUAUAAUAAUACUUAUAAAUAUAAUAUGGGAAUAAAAAUGAAAUAUUAUAACAGCGACCGACGGAUCGGAAUGUGUUGAGCGAUGUCAGAAUUGUUGAAUGUUGAAUAUACUUUUCCAAGUUCCAUUAUCGACACCAUUACUGACUUGAAAAGAUCUUGCGAGCGAUAUUUCUUACAGAAAAGAUACCGAAUCGAAAAACAAUAAUAUGCGCGUUAUUACACUUUUAUUUUGAUACUCUUGACACUACUCUUGUACGACUGUGUUAUGUAACAAAAUUCAAAAUGCUUUUGAGAUGCGACGAAGGUACUUCGAUAUUUGAAAAAACACUGUUACGACGUUAACGAUUCGAAUUCUCAUUGGUUUACGAAUAAUUGUUGGCUAUAUACUCACUGUUUCGUUCCAGCAGUUUAUCAGUGUUAUCUCCCAAAUGUAUAUUACGUUUUUAAAGAUAUUGUAUAGCGAAGCGUAAAAGCAAUGAAACGAUCGCGAAAAGAAGAGCGUUUAAAAAAACAAGCGUUUCGAAAAAGCGUACUCCUACGAACAGAGACACAUUCUACUAUGUAUAAUGUCGUCGUCCAUCUUUAACCGCUGAAUCAUUCGCUUAGCACGUUAGAUGUAUGAUACAGGACCCGUUAUAAUUAUGUAAAGCUGCGUUAUGUAUGGGCUAAGAAAAAUAACACGAAAAAAAAAAACAAACAAAAAACACACUCUUAUAUGUUACUGAGUUGUAAGAGUAAUAAUAAACAUGGAGAAAAAAUGAA